AUGUCGGAAGAAGCAAAGACGGCCGAGAAGCCGAAGCCGCGCCGCCGCCUCGGCCCGCCGCGCAGCCGCAAGAAGCCCGACGGCUGGGAAGAUAUAAGAGAGGACGACCUCCUCGAGCUGCCGACACCAAAGGAAGACGAAGGAACCGAGCAAGAACCGCAGGACGACCUGUGGCGCUGCGAGCCCUGGGCCGACGACGAGGUGCCCUGUUUGCUGGUUCAGCGGGACGCUUGGAUGGAUGCGAAGGCGAAGCGGCCGCUGGCGUCGUGCGAUGCGAUCGAGGCCCUCUGUGCGUCCGUGCGGCCGCCGCCCUCCGUCGUUAAAGUACCAAAAGAUAAAGUGGAUGAGGCGACGCGGCGCGCGCUGGAGGACGGGCUCGUGCUGGCGCCCUACGCCGAAGAAAUAGACGGGUUUAGUUCGCGACAACUACUGUUAAGUGCGGCGACGCCGUCCAAGCAUGAAGUCGUCCGGGACCUCAAAUCGUUGCUGUUGGGCUGCGCGCGCGACCCGCGCUGGCUCGCGGCCAUGAGUGGAGAACUGGACAAGCUCGCGAAUGGCUGCGACCGGCGGAACACCGCUCUCAUAAGGUUGAAGGAUGCGAAACGAGCCUUCACGGAGCGCAAAACACGAGCUCUCGAGGACGAUACCCCGGAGAAUCAGUUCGUUUUGACACAAGUAGAGGGCCGCCUGACACAGAUCGAGGGGUUGAUUAAUGAUCUCGCGGACCACGAGCCGGCGCCGGAGCCCGAGACUAAUGAUGACGACGCCAAGUCGGAUGAGGCGCCGACGGAGGGCGACGAGUCGGGCGCCGACGCCGACGACGAGGGCGAGACACCACGACCGCCGCGGCCGCCCGAGACGACGGCUACAAAUGUCGCGCCCGAGGUCGAGCGCGCGCCCUCGCCGCCCGCCGUGCCGCCGGACGACGACGUUCAUUUGCCGGUCGCCGCGGGCAUGGCCCGGGAUCUGCACGCCGCGGCCGUGGCCGCCGCGCCGCCGCCGCCUCCAUCAGAACCGCCCUCGGCGCUGCUGGACGCGAUCCUCGCCAUGAUUCUCAUGCGCGUGCCGCCGCGCCCGGGCGCCGACGACGAGGCUCAUGUCAGGUGGCUGCAACAAAAACACGUGGCCUUCGUCCAGAACUGGCGCGACGAGCUCGGAGUGCUCCCGCGGAGCACGGACGCCAUCGACCCGCGCGCGCUGCCUUCUGCGGAGAACGCGCCUCCGGCGGACUUUCCCGACUCGUCACGGUAA